CAAAAGCUAAAUAAAAACUCGUCAGUCACUCUAAUCUCAGAAUCAGCAACACGAAUUGAUUCUUCUUCACUCUCUUACCAAACACGUGUACUUCAGAUUCACACUCUUAUCUCGAUUUUCACGGGAAAAGAAAGUAAAACAAAAACAAAAAUAGAUACUCUUGCCGUCAUGAAGAAUCUGUUUCCGUUUCUGGACGUUCUCUCACUUGCCACCACAUUAAUCUCUCGCCGUUAUCUCGUCUUUAAGAGAGGCUUAGCAACAAGAAGCAAACAUUAAAAAAAAAAGAAAAUGGUGGAGACGCGAGCUCAGCAUCGCAAGAGAGUGACAUGGCACAAGGUAGAAUCCGCGGGGGAUGUCUUUCGUGACAUCUUAUCUCGACUCUCAGUAAAAUCCAUCCGUACAGCGAAAACGGUUAACAGAUACUGGCACGGCUCGGUUAGCAGCAAAAGCUUCGCUACAGAACAGCUAGCUCAAUCGAGAAACAAGAAGCCCUCGUCAUACAUAGCUUGUCCUAGAGUAGACAGCGCUAUGAAGCUGUAUCUGUUGAAACCAGGGAAGUCCAAGUUCAGCUUUCGACACCAUGCCACGGUUGAUCCUCCGGGAAGAACCGUUGAUCAUCACUACAUGCACAUGAUAUCUUCGUUCAACGGAUUAGUAUGCUGCAUCAACCAACUCUCUGAUGAAUGCGAAGAGGAUUAUCAGAUAUGGAUCUGUAACCCGUCUACUGAAGAGACUCUGCUUCUUCCUCGAGGCAGACCAUCUUUAUGGACCGAACCGAGUAUCGGAGUUGCGUACGGUCCUGACGUUAGCGAGUACAAAAUUUUCAGGAUAUUCUCUGUUGGAGAGAAAACGUACGAAUGUGAAGUGUAUUCUUCUGGUACCGGCGCGUGGAGGAGCAUCGGCUCUGUGCUUCAUCUACCAAUGUAUGCUUGUUUCAGCCCGCACAGAUCAGGUCAUGUCUUUGCAGGAGGGAAGAUCUACUGGCUUGUUUCUUUGGAAGAUCCUGGUGUGAUACUCUCUGUGGAUAUGGAAGAGAGGUUCGGAGUUGUGGAGCUGCCUCGCUACUCGACGGACCUGCGUGAAGAAGACGGGAUAACGGUUGGUGGUACGUAUCUGAUAAACAUGGGAGGGUCUCUGUCGCUGGUGGUUCUACAUGCGGAUUACUUUGACGUAUGGGUGUGGAAAGAAGAAGCUGGUUGGGUGCUUGUAACCAGAGAUGAUUUUCCAUUUAUGGACGAUGAAAUUGUAUUGUUCGUGACGUCAUCAGAGAAGGAGAUUUUGUGUGUGACUGGGACGCACUUGUGGAGUUAUCAUUUCAAUACUAGAAAGUGGAAAAGAAAGGGCAGGCCUCCUACUCGGUUUGUGAACCCUGCUGUGUUCCCAUUCACCGAAAGCCUUCUUCCAUGCAAUGGCGGGGGGAGGCUAGAAGGAAGGUGAAGAAGAGUGUUUUAUCAUCUCAAGUCUUUGCUUGAGGCUGUGUGUUUCUCACUGGAUAGUGUCUGUUUUAAAACUUUUCAUUUUGUUUAAUGUUUCUGGUUUGCAUCAGGUCCCAAUCUUUCGUUUUUUCAACUUUUUUUUUUUGUUAUGUAGUUUGUUUCUAAGCCUUUUGUAAUUUUGUUAAUAGUAAUAAGCUUUGUUCGGAACCAAAGUUUUCAUUUAUAUAAAAGAUAGUAUCGUUGGUGAUCUUUUGUUCUGAUU